CGGAUCGGUGGCACUGCUCUUAUGCCAAAUUCCAUCCACCAUAGUCCAUCCCUCUUUCCCAUUUCUCCUCACCUUUUGGACUGUCUGCCAUCUACAGCUUUCCUCUCCUUGUCUUCUUCGUCCAUCUUCUCGAUUUGCUUUCUUUGAUUGUGCUUCGUUCCUGUGGCAGGCGCAGUUUCGCCAUGGCCUCCUUCUUCGAGUCAAUAUGCAUGUGCUGCUUCCGCAGCCGUUCGCGCAGUCCUGAUGGACAGCGACAGAGCGAGACGAACGAGCGCACCCACCUGAUUCCGGAGACGAUUGAGGAGUCGCCGGUCAGCACGUAUGUCGUCGACCAGCAACAGAUGGACGCACGCCUCAGAACGAUCGUGCGUGCGAAGGAAGGGAAGAUGGUCAGCGUGAAUGCUCCGUUACCAUUCAACCUCGCCAACCACUCCGUUCUCGCCCUGUCCCAAUCUGCCUCUCGAUCUGCCUCCCUUCCGCCCUCCACCUCAUGUCCUCAUCGUUUCUCCUCAACGUCCCACUCGCCGCCUCCGCAUCAGCGCCACUUCUCUCCAUCGCGCUCCUCAUCCUCGCUCCGCCUUCCCGACUCCUCGCUCGCCAGCCCGGAGCACGAGCAUGCAGGCGGAAAUGGCGAACACAAGCCUGCGUUCAAUGCGCGCAUCGUGCGUCCCCCGGGAACGAGCGCGUGGAUGAUGAGGGGCCGGAGCGUUAUGAGGGGGAGGGUGGGUCGGUCCGAAAACAGUGCGGAGGUCUCCGGGCAGGAAGGAUAGAGCUAAAAGCAGAUGAGUCGGACUCCGGUGCUCACACAGGCGAGGUUAGGGUCGUCGACCAGGAUAGCGACCAGGUGCAAACCUUCAGGAUAUCUCUUGCAGACGUUGGGAAGAUCUCCCAGAGCUGGGACGAUUAGCG